GCCCAGCUAUUAGUAGCGGAAGGUCAGGUUUUAUGAUACCACGGCUAUGAUGCUCUGUUUUCAACAUGCUUCAUAGGAUUCUUCGUCGUAGCGCCGAAUCUCCUUGGGCAUGCAUGGAGACGAGGGACCGACUACCGUAUGUCCACCCUUGCAGAGGAUCUCCGACCAUACUUCAUCCAAGACACAUCCUACGACGUGAUUAUAGGGCACUCUCUUGGAGGCCCAGUGACCUUGUCGCUCCUGCAAUUCUUGCCCAAAACGAAAGAAACGGCUGUAAUACUCCUCGAUCCCCCUCUCGAGCUCGAGGGGACAACUGAAAUGAUUAAAAGUUGGAUUCUGAACGAGGCUAUGAAUAUCAAAUACAUCGAGGAGGUAGCUGAUGAUCGUGGUUGGUCACGACGUGACUGCGUGUUACGCGUAUUAUCAGUUUUAAUGUGCGACCGUACCACUGUCGAGGGAAUCUUCUCGCAUAACGAGCCAUGGUCGUUCAGUGGCCUGCUCAGAAACAUCCCCCCUCAUGUGAAGAUCACCGUACUGGCAUCAGAUCCGAAGGUCGGCGCCUUUUGUGAUCCGGAGCACAUCCCUUGUGACGUUGAGAGACUAAAUGUCAGAGUUCUUCCGGGCAUCGGCCACUCCAUCCAAUACGAGGAUCUAGAUGCUAUCAUGGACUUAAUCCAACUACCAAAAGCGAAGCUUUGAGAGGUGCGCAGGAGAAGCGUGUUUCGUAGUUUUAUGGCCAAUUCCGUGUCUAGAACUUCCUGUUGGAACCUAGCCUCCGCUCGUACAUGAGGUAUCGCAAAGCAUACAGUAGGUUCGACUAUGCCAAGAUAUCAGUCU